AUGAGUGGAUAUACAGUUUUGAUUGUGUUCGUGCUUGUUGCUGUUUUGUGUGGUGUUACUUGGGUAGCAGCACCUAAAGAGAACAGAACCGUUUGGAGAUCCUCAGUUAUUUUAGGGAUAUCGAUGUGCUUUUUAAUGUGGGCCAUAACAUACUUGAGUCAAUUGCACCCUUUACAAGCACCAAGGAGAGCUGACUUGAGACCUGAAAUGUAA